AUGGUGAAGAGACUGAAGAGCCAGAUGCCAGCGCAGUGUCUCCUUCUCACCCUGCUGGCACUCUUACUGGCAGAAGGUCAUGGCUUUCAGUUGCAGAGUAGACAGGUAAUGAACAUGACCAGGGAGGUAGAGCAAACCCUCUCAACGUGGGCGUGUACUUACCUGAAGGUGGCAAAGGGCAAGGAUUGUGUGUUGAGCGCAAGCCUGCAGAAUGUUAUUGAUACGAUCAAUUCAAAUGGUGGAUCCACAACUUCGACUCUGAGCCUGCCUGAUCGCGUUCAGAAGUUUUCGAUUCAGGCGUACGCAUCUGUUCUUGGAGACAUUGUGACUUCACUCAGAAACAUCUCCAGCAUCGUCAAGUCCUUGAUCGAAAACAGCUUAACAAGUCAGAACAGCACUUGCGCGUUUGACAAUUCCUCGAUUCUCGUCAACUUCCCGCCAAGUGCAGAGAGUGUACAGUCACGACCACAACUACAAAGCUGCCUCCUGUACUCGAGCCUAUCGAAAUAUUUCCGAACGAUCAAAGCUCCUUACAUACAAGCUGUGACGUUUGUGUCUUCUAUCGGGGAGACGAUCUCAACUGUUCAAAGGACGGAUCCUCGGUAUUCCACUUUCCAAGAGCAGGACGGAAGAGGUUUCCAAUGGUUCGCAAGCGCUGCCUCGAUCAGCAAAGACGUCGUGGUUGUGAUUGACGUGUCUUCCUUCCUGUCCGUCUCAAUACCACGUGCUUCGGAGAUGAUCGUGGGAGUGGUGGAUGCCGUGUUGAGCCUUGUCUCCCCGGAUGACUCCUUGCAGCUCAUCGUGUCGGGCAAGUUGAGCCCCUGUGUGUCGAACAGCCUGUUGAUACCUGCAACCCGAGCGAACCGAGACAUCUUGAUGUCGUUUCUGAAGCAAGUGGUCGUUAAGGAGCUGCAGUUGCAAACUCACCUGUUGGAGUUGUCGAUCACUCAGGCUUGGGACCUGUUUCGCAACAGUGCAGCUCAAGGCUACUCGCGCAACUGCUCCAGAAUGCUUUUCCUCAUCACGGACGGGCUCGUUACGACAACCGAAGCGACGAAGACCUUGAAUGAUAUCGAGCCGUACCAGAAGCAGCUCUUUGCACAGGUCUUCACUAUCUCCUUGGGCUCGACCACUUGCAAUUUCUGUUCAACUCUGGCUUGCAAGUACCAAGGGCUCUACGUUCAGGUCGAAGCGUAUGGGAACUUCUCAGCUCUGCGAAGCCAGCUGAAUCCUGUGAUGGAUAUGAUGUCUCUGCUUCUCAAGUUCGACGAGCAGCACAAGGGCUCUAUGUUGCCCAACUGCAGCUCUCAGCAAUGUGUCUACACCAUGUCGGCUCCUAUAGUCACCGCAGACAAGAGUGGUCAUGCAGACUUCCAAGGUGUCGUUGCGAUCGAUUUCAACUUUGACUACAUCGUGGCCAAGUUGUCCGAUCUUGCAGAGACUUCCGACGAGGACUAUCACCUGGGUGUCUUCAUGAGGGACAAGCCGUUCAAACUUUUCUUUCAUCCCCUCGUGGUGCAGCUUGCUGAAGCAGGGGUCUACCUCCCACUGGAUGCAAACAGAGUGGAAGGCGACUCCUCAGCGUCUUCCUUCUCCCUCUUUGAGAGGGCAGCGACUGUGACGCAAGGAUGUGCGGUAGUGAGGGUAGAUCGCACUCCCCUCACCUUGCUCAAGUGGCUCACGGUCAACAAGAAGAAACUCGUCUACUACACUACGGAGGUGAAUGUCUCCGUCGCCUUCUGCUGGCAGAGAGUCCCGGGCACCAGCUUCGUGUCCUACAUCCUGGCUGACCUUCAGAGCUCGGCUACUGUUGACAAGUUCGACUUCUCCUUCAACAACAUGACUGCCCCCUACGCUGCAUGGUCGAAGCUCCAAGUCCCAGCAGCCGCGAUGCUUUAUCACGCAACGUUUGCCGACCCGUCAGCCCUGGUUCAGCUGGGAGUUUCUAUGGUGCAGGAGCAGGAGAAGACUUUCUCCACUGGGGCGUUUUCGGUGAAGCUCGCAGCCUCGUCGUUCCUCAACGCCUUCAAGUAUCUGGCGCAGAGUGAGAGCGCGGAGCAGGUCGCGAGCAUCAACCAAUGGAUCAACCGCUCCCUGCAGGAUCCUCUCGUCUACCUUGGUGGGGUGCAAGGCAGCAAUGUUGUUGGAGAUGGGAUGACGUUCGAAGCCAUGAGGGAUGUCUCGCUCGCGCGAGUGUUGGCGUCCGAGCUCAAGGUGACCUCGUGGAACCAAGACGGGGGAGGGAAGAAGUCAGCCGUCAUCGCCUUCCGGUCUGGAGUGUACGGGGUCUGGCCAGGUCGAUACAUCCCCAAGGAUUACUCAGCAGCGGACGAGAUGUGGUUUGCUCAGUCUGUCAUGUCUGACGGGAGCUUGACGGUCUCGAGGCCGCACACCUGUGCAGGAGGGUGCUGGGGAGGGGCCCUGCUGGAGACCGUGAUCUCUGUGCCGAUUCUCCUUUCUCCCUCAACGUCUGGCCAGUCGGGGCUGCGAGAUGAGCCAGCGGGGCUGGUGGGGAUGUCGCUCGGGCUGUCCGACCUGUCUUCGUCCAUCCGACAAGCUCUCUCUCGAGCUGUGACGCAGCCGGUUCCGUUCGACUUCUUCCUGACAGAUGAUCAGGGGUACUUCAUCACCCACAGCUCCCCCUCCUGGCUAGAGGAGAUCGCUGCGCAGACCCCGUCGUCUCGCGCGCAGACAGAGCUGUUCUUCGGGGACUACUACGGGGAGAUGGCGGAGAAGCUUUUCCUCGCUGGUUUUCUCGUGAAUCGGAGGAUCUCCGAGACUGCUGAGAUGUUUGUGGGCUCCUUCUACACGUUCAACUCCAGCUUGCUGUCAAGCAGAGGGGGGGUCCUCUCCGGCCUCUUGACUCAGAUCUACCCAGCUGAGUUCCACGUAGGCCAGGUGCUGGGCACCAACCUCUUUCUGUUUGUCAUCACUGCAGCUCGCAGCGACUCGUCCGUCCAGAGCUUCGACCCCUUCUCCCUGUCCUACUGCGGAAUGCUUUCCUCCUCUUGCCCCAGCAUCGGGAGCCCUUGGAUCAACCAGCGGGAGGGUCAGCUCUACUGCAACCACACCGUCCUCCCUCCCUUUCCUGUCGUCGGGUUCUGCCCCGUCAAUCCGCUCGCCAUCGGGGAGGAGCUGACGGGAGCAAACGUCUCUCUGAAGGUGGGGCAAGGCGUCUCCUCCCUUCAGAAGAAGUGGCUGGUCUGCUCCACCUGGGCCCAGCGGCAUGUUGGCCUCUUGGCUGGGGUUUCGCUCCUCGCCGUCGUCAUCGUUGCCGUCAGCAUCGCGAUAGGGCUGAAGCUGCGGUCGCGCGAGAGGGAGAGGAGGAAGCACAUCCUCGGCUACAAGGAUGUCCACCAGCAGCCCAUCCUGGAAAUCUCCGACUGUGCAGAGGAGCUGAGCAAGGCUUGCAAGUCCGUGCUCUUCUGCUCCAACAGCUUCCUCGACUACAAGUACCUCGUUGAGCAGCUCGAGCAUGAGAUGGUGAACCUCCUCGUCUGGAAGAACCGAUGCAAGCUCCGCGAGCAGGCAGCUGAGCUUCAGCUGGUCCGCGAGAUGCUCCGCCAGCUCAAGAUUGACAUGCACAGCAUCCAUCUCAAGACCUCUCGGCUCGAGACCGCGUCCGCCGAGUUCGAGGAGGCGGAGCAGCGGUUUCCGCAGCAGGAGGCGCGGGCGAACCAGCUGAAGACGAAGUUGGACCAGCUGGUGAGGAGGGAGAUGGAGGAGACGGACCUGUCGCUCACCAACACUGAGAACUUCUACGCGUCUCACCACCCCGACAUCUUCGGCGAGCUCCAGGAGGGAGGGACUUCUGUAUCUGCCACCCCCAGGGCUCCAGGCUCUGAGGCCGGGCCCCAGCUGCUGCUCUCCUCGAGGAUGCUGGCCCCCACGGAGAUGCCGUUUCCAGCUCGCAACUCUGCUCGGAGGCAGGCGGACGCGAGCUGGGGGAGCGGGGAUGAGGAGGCGGAGGACAACGGAGUCGAGGACGGAGAGAAUGGGCUGCUGGUUACGCCGAGGCUGCCGCAUGCUCCAGCAGGGAGCACGGAGCAGCGGGUGGAGCACUUCAUGAAGCUGGCGGCCUACAGGUUCCGUGAGAGGAUGAGGAACGGAUCGGACAGGAGGAAGCAGUUCGACGCCAAGCUCCCUCCCCUGGUGGAGGUGGGGAUGGAGUCUACAGCCGAGGACCUGACGGAGGACGUGCAUGGCUCGAUCCAGGAGAGGAUCGCGAGUAUGCGGCGAGCUUACAAGCAGAUAAUGGUAGAGGACGGAAGCGCUGUCGGGCCGACGAUGAGCGAGCGGGGGAGACUACUGGAGCGACUUGAUGCGGAAGGAAACUUGACAGACAGAGACGUUUACGAUGACUCGAGGUUCGACGACACAGCCUUCGAUGCCCCCAGCACGAUGUUUGAAGACUUCACCAACCUGGGCACAGGCAUGAACGAGGAGGACAUCACACGCCCGGUCUCCGACUCAGGGUCGGAGAGGAGCGACGAGCCGCAGCAUGAGUCGAAGCUGCUCGAGGAGGACGAGGUCGAGAGAAGAGGCAAAGAAGAGCCGGAGAUGGACAGGGCAGCACCUAGUCCUCCGAUCCAUGGCGAGGUGGAGGAUGACGACGAGCAGGAGCAGGAGAAGACAGGGAACGACAACGCAAACGAGGAUGAAGAAGAUCGGAAAGAGGUUGACGUGGAUAAAGCGAAUGGAGAGACGAGGGGACGAUUAGCAGGAGCAGGAGCAGGAGCAGGAGCAGGAGCAGGAAGAUCAGGAGCAGCAGGAGCAGGGGCAGGGGCAGGGGAAGGGGAAGGGGCGGGGGCAGGGGCAGGCAGCGGGGAUGGCACAGCAGGAGGAGGUGAACGAGAAGGAGAUGAUGAAUGGAAUCGCGUUCCUAAUUCGAUUCUACGAGGGCUGAAGCUCGAGAUAGACGACGACUGA